AUGUUUACUGAUCAUGAUUUCUCUGGAAUGGAUUUACAUGGGUGUUGUGAAUUUCUAGAAAGAUUUGUUGGAGAACCUUUUGAGAAACUUUAUUAUUUAGCACGUGAUCUCACUAUGGCAAAUGAUCAUACUGGGGAAGGAUUUGAGGACUGGUUUGAUGAAGAAAGUGAUGAAAGUGGUUCAGUGAUCCUGGGGGAUGACAAAGAAACUGCACAAGGAAUCCCCGAUCUUGAACCAACCUAUAUGUUUGAUGCUGGUUUGGAUGAUGAAAUCAAUGGGGAAUACUGUACCCCACUAAACAAGACUAAGGACGAUGAGUUUCUUAACAAGUUAUGCCUGGAAGGUGGAGAAGAGAAAAAGAUUGAAGAGAUAGAUAAUAGUGAGGAAUUGGACCAUGAUGUACUUGAGGAACAUCCUAUCUUUAAUCCUCAUGUACACUGGAAGAAGAAAGAACCAAUUUUAGGCAUGAGAUUUGAGGAUCCAAAACAACUUAAGAACAUGUUAUGCUAUGGGCAAGUUGGAUGA